UUCCAUUCUUGUUCUAUCUUUUCUUAAUCAAAAUUUAGUGAUUAUUGUUACUAUAUUUUUGUUAGGAAAAGUGAAUUCCUAUCUUCUCCUUUCAAUCAAUUUUCUCACUAAAUCUUGGUUCUUUGGCAGAACAAAGAUGUAACUGAUGCAAUUCAGAAGGUUGCUGCUGCUUAUGACUGCAAAAUUGUUGAAGGUGUUCUUAGCCAUCAGAAAUUUCCUAUCAUGCCAUUCACAGCUAGGUGUGUUGUGCCUUCACAGAAUUUUUAAAACAUUUUGUCUUUUGCCAUCUACACUUCAACCUUUCAUAGUGAAUGUUGAGUUUCUUUACAACUGGGCUUUGGACGAGAAGAGGGCUCGGCUGGGUUUGGUGGAAUGUGUUAAUCAUGAACUCUUGCAGCCGUAUCCUGUUCUUCAUGAGAAGCCGGGUGAUUAUGUUGCUCACACCAAAUUCACAGUUUUGCUAAUGCCAAAUGGAUCGGAUAGAGUCACAUCUCAUCCUCUGCAGGAGCUGCAACCCACAAAGACAAUAGAUGAUCCUGAAAUCGAGGCCUGGUUAGCCUUGGGCACGAAGACAAAGAAGAAAGUUAAAAAGGGUGACAAAGCUGAGAAGUCAACAGAAGCUGAGCCUAUGGAUGCAACAACAAAUGGUGCCACUUCCCAAGAUUGAGUCUUUUGUUUUUCUGUUUCAUUUUUCAACCCCCUCGUCAAUUUUGUUCAAUCCAUUGUAUCAGGUUGGAUUUAGUUGGUUUAUUAUAGUGUUUAGACGUUAAUCCUAAUCAUGUUUCUUGCAUAUACGCCAUUUUAUGUAUUUUUUAAGGAGGAAUGCUAGGCAUCCAAACACUUGUUUCCAGAAUUUAGUUCCAAACUGAUGUGUCGCAAUCCCAUGAGAUCUAUCAUUUUGGAAAGUGUGUGUCACAAUCCCAUAGGAUUGUGACACAUUAGUUUGGAACUAAAUUCUGAAAAAAAGUGUUGGGAUGUCUAGCAUUUCUCUUUUUUAAGCACUCUUGGUUUCUCUGAAAAUUUAAAAGCGUAGAAUCUAGCUUCGAUCAACAUUCUGGCAUGCUGUGGGACAAUUGCUUACUAGAAGUGAUAAUCGAGGCAUAGUGUUGUUUUAAAAACAAAUUGUAACGGCUCUAUCAUCAAAUUGUAUAUGUUGAAGUCGGUUUUUAUUUUGUAU